AUGUCUGUGGUCGAAGAGCCGUAUUAUUGUCACGAGCAAAUUGAAAUUCCUCCUGCCCUUCCUGAUAUAAUGAAGCAAUUCACGAAAGCAGCUAUUAGAACACAACCAAAAGAUCCAUUGGAAUGGUCAUACGAGGCUCUUGCAAACAAAGAGGUUCCACCUGUCAAAGAAAGGCUUGAGAUGCCAAUCAGCACGACCGACAAAGCAUCAGCUGGUAUAGUACUUGAGUGUAAAGUUGAAGAAAAAUGGCUGGCUUUGGCAUUGCCGUUGGAACGUUUACAAGAGAUCUGGCGUAUCGGAAACUUCGGGCAGGACGUCAAGUGGCUUCAUUUUCUCUCCCUUGCGGCAACCCAAAUUGCACCGUCUUUGGCUCAGACACUCUGCCUUCUGUGCGAACUCCUGACAGAUGAAAAAGAUAACGCGUCGCCGCCCAUUUCCUUUGACCUGUUCUGCGAAAUCUACCGCUAUCUGGGGUCAGUUGAUCCCAACUUGCCAAGUGAACACAUUGAACAAAUUAUUCUAAAUCUUACUUUCGAGGCGCAGCAGCACUGUGGUCGCAUAUCAAAACGAGAGUUUCUUCGCUUUAAAAGAAUUGCUUAUGAAACAGAAAUCGUGUUGUUCUGCCUAUCCGAGUUCAUAACAACACUGAGGUAA